UCCCACUUUGUAACACAAGAAAAUGUGGAAAAAGUCAAUGGGUGUGAAUACUUUCUGAUGGCACACUAUGGGGUUGGAAUUAUAUUGUGAAAUUGUGAAAAUUAUAAUUCGUUUGAGUGUAAGAGCUGUUUAAAAGACAGCAUUAAAUUUCAGUCUGUUUCGGUGGGAUGGAGUUUUGGGGGUACUCAGUGUAUUUACCUACUUUCUGUGGUGAAUAACACCCUCGUGCUGUGGGUGUAGUUCCUCUCUCGUUCUGAAAUCUCACCAGACUCUGUGUAGCAGAGGGAUUUCCCCUACAUUACACAUUAUUUACAUAUUAUGUAUUCUCUUUUAAAACCAGGCCCCCAUAACUGCCCAGUCAAUCUCAGUCACUGAAUCUGGAAAGUACACCAUUUUAGCAUCUAUUUCAGAUCGUAUUCUUGAUUGUCUUAUACUGUAUUGCUAUGUCAGAAGGACAGUGUGGACUGGGAUACUACUAUGAUGGGCUAAUCGAGGAGUGUAAACAAUGCUAUUUACGAUGCAAUUCACCGCCCAGGGUUUGCACAACAUACUGUACUCAAUCAUCAGAGAGCAAAGCCCCUGAGCCGUUCAACAUUCGUCUGACCCUGGUCUGGCUGUUUGUGUUCCUGUGUGCUUUUACUACUCUCCUGCUGCUGCUGCAGGUACUGAGGAAGAAGACAUGCAGACGUUUCCCAAGGAACAAAUUAUCACGACUACAGGAAGCAGAGUGUCCCAGGACUGAGAGGGUCUCUGAUGAUGUCCCUGAGCAGACAGUGUUUAUCAUGGGACAGGACAGCUUGACGAGUGGAGCUGGAGCCAUGGUUCUCCAGGAGGGAACAUACAGCCAGACUCCUGACUGCAACUCCAACUUGCCUGUCCCUUCCACUGAGGAGGGCACCACCAUACUGGUCACAACCAAGACAGUAGAGAUCUUUAACCACACAGAUGAAAUUACAGAGGGAAAGACAUUGGGGUUGUGGAGGUCUGGCUUUGUAGCUUGAUGUCUCUAGUCUACACACACACACACACACACACAC